AUUCACGGCACGGUAGAUUGCUAAUUGGUAGCAAUUGGUAGAUUCAGUCAACUUUGGUCACGGAGUGUUGAUUUAUUACUUAAAGCUAAUAAAUCUUGACCAUAAUCACUGACGAAAAUUAUUAAAAACAGUAUUUUUGCGACAUCUUGUUUUUGUGGUAACUGCUAAGAAAAAGAUAAAACAUGGAUGAAUGCUGGGAUGACAAUCCUGAUCCUUGGGUGGAACCCGCAAAUCCAGCUCCCCAAAGUACGCAAUAUAACACAAAUAAUUGGUACCAGGAGCGCCCUCAGCAAAAUUUCAGAAGGGGUAAUCCCAGAGAGCAACGUACUAAUUGGAGACAGAGGGAAAGGAAACCUGAUGAAAACUCAGAAACUUUAAAUGUUGAGUCAAAAUAUGUGGGAAGAAUAAUAGGACGUCAAGGGUCAAAAAUAGCAUCGCUACAAGAAGAGUCGGGUGCUCGAAUACACAUCGAUAAAAAUUCAUUUGGUGAGGAAACCGAGAUAAAAAUUUCUGGAGAUUCAGCUGCCAUUCAAAAGGCCAAAGAGUUAAUAAUGGAUUUAACAGUGGAGAGAAAAGCAAAUUAUGAGCAAAAUAAUAAACCACCAGAAGAACCUAAACAAGAAAUGGAUCUAGAUACCUUCCUAAAACAAUGCGAAGACGCAGAACAGGCAGAAUGGGCAAAGUACCCCCCAACCGUAAAAAACUUUUACGAAGAACACCCGCAAAUAUCAAAAAUGUCGCAAAAAAGAGGUUGACGAAUUUCGCCUAUCUAACAACAAUACUAUGGUGAGCCGUGUAUUUAAAACUGAAUCGAGUCUACCGGUGCCAAAGCCGUGCAUAUCGUUUUACUUUGCGUUUCAUCAAUAUCCAGAUAUAUUGGAACUAAUAAAAGAAGCCGGAUUUACAGAACCUUCGCCAAUUCAGUCUCAAGCUUGGCCUGUACUUCUAAGUGGCGAAGAUCUUAUAGGAAUCGCUCAAACUGGAACAGGCAAAACAUUGGCAUUCCUUUUACCCGCAUUAAUCCAUAUCGAGGGACAAAUUACUCCUCGCCAAGAAAGAUCAGGACCGUCUGUGCUCGUCAUGGCUCCAACGAGGAAUUAGCAUUACAGAUUCACAACGAAGUACAAAAAUACAAAUACAGAGGUAUCACUUCAGUUUGCAUUUACGGUGGUGGUAAUAGACGAAGCCAAAUCGAUGUCGUCAAAAAGGGAAUUGAUAUCGUUAUCGCUACGCCUGGCAGGUUAAAUGAUUUACAUGAUGCUGGACAUUUAAAUGUAAAGUACGUAACCUAUGUGGUACUUGACGAAGCAGAUAGGAUGUUGGACAUGGGUUUUGAACCGCAGAUUCGAAGGGUUAUGUAUGCGGUAAGGCCUACCAGACAAACGGUGAUGACCAGUGCUACAUGGCCUAACGGUGUCAAGCGUUUGGCGUUAUCAUAUAUGAAAGAUCCCAUUCAAGUGUCCAUCGGGGCGCUAGAUUUGACAGCUAGUCAUACGGUACAUCAAACAAUCGUGAUUCUUACGGAAGAAGAAAAAAGGGAUUAUUUCUAUAAUUUUGUUCGUAAUAUGGGAGAAGACGACAAAAUUAUUGUAUUCUGUGGAAAGAAAGCGGCAGUAACUGACAUUACCAGUGAUUUACAAGUAAGCGGUGUUCGUUGUGAUUGCUUAUACGGAGAUAAGCCGCAAGAAGAUCGAGAACAAGCGUAUCUAGACAUCAAGUCUGGUUACAAUAGGUUACUGAUAGCUACAGAUCUGGCAUCUAGAGGUUUAGACAUAGACGACGUCACGCACGUCGUGAACUACGAUAUCCCCAAAAAUAUUGAGGAAUACGUCCACCGUAUUGGACGAACUGGUCGUGCUGGCAAAUAUGGUGAAUCUAUAAGUUAUUUUACAAGGAGGGAUUGGGCACACGCUUCAGAAUUGAUUAAAAUUUUAGAAGAAGCACAACAGUUCGUGCCAGAAGAAUUGCGGAUAUUUGCAGACGAACACGCUGCCUGGAAGGAGAGGAGAGACCGGGAAGGGCCGCCGAGAGGUGGUUUUAAUAGAGGUAGAGGAGGAGGAGGACGACGUUGGUGAAUGCUGUUAACUCUGUGAUCAAGAGAGGACCUCGAAUCUAUUAUGUAUUUACAUUACGUUGUUUAUAAUUUUUUGUAAAUGUGAUUUUUAUAAACGUUCCAUUGUCAUGCUUAC